CGUAGUUAGAUGUGGCCCUUGUGGCUAAGGGGAUCAGGGGGAAUGGAGAGAAGGCAGGUACGGGAUACUGAGUUGGAUGAUCAGCCAUGAUCAUAUUGAAUGGCGGUGCAGGCUCGAAGGGCCGAAUGGCCUACUCCUGCACCUAAUUUCUAUGUUUCUAUGUGGAAUUCUCUGCCUCAGAGGGCGGUGGUGGCUGGUUCUGUGGAUGCUUUCAAGAGGGAGUUAGAUAGAGCUCUUAGUGAUAGCGGAGUUAAGGGACAUGGAGGGAAGGCAGGAACGGGGUGCUGAUUGUGGAUGAUCAGCCGUGAUCACAUUGAAUGGCGGUGCUGGUUCGAAAGACCUACUGUCUAUUGUCUGUGGUUCGAGAUCCAGCCCACAAUAGUGGUGUCAUCUACAAACCUGUAUAUGGAGUUGGAGCAGAAUCUGGCUGCAGAUUCGUGAGAGUUUAGGGAGCAUGGGGGACUGAAAACGAGUCCUUGCGAGGCAUUAGGUGAGGAGGUGUGAAUUGUUGAACUAUGAGAAGAGCAGCCAGAUUAUGUGCAUGCUGACAGAGAGAUAACAGCAUGUAGACACGCGAGCUUUAGAGAGGAGGGAUUUUACACAUACAGUGAGCAUUGGAAAGGUGGAUGGAAGAAUCUGCAUCGUGAGAUCGUUUAAGAGAAAUAAGGGAAUGUGUGCAAUAUGCGUGUUCGAGAAAGAAGUGUAAAUAUUACUACCGGUGAUCAUAUUGGAGAGAGAAUGGUGUUCCCUGAAUGUUCCGUGACUUUCAAAAUUAUAUUACUUUAAUUAAUUUUCUUUUGAUGUUCUUUUGUUUGAAGCCGGGUAGAUAUGGACCUGAUAACAAUCAGCCAGCACAGAUCGAACACUUUCUGUAAGCGACGACUGUGCUUUAGAGACGUUUCCGGGCGCGUCAGUCUUCGGCCAGCCUGUUGCAUCAACUUGAUUAGAACCCAUCAUGCUGUUCUCGCCAGUGGUAUCGCCUCCACGUCGGGAAGGACUGUGGUUGGAUCGCUAGUUGGUGACUUCACAAUGCUGCCGUGAUGUCCUACGCUGGGCUGUGUUGAUGCAAAGGCUGUAUCGCAGCAGUUAGUGAACAUCUUGUUUAACUUCAGUUGAGCUGGCUGAUCAAAUGCCACUACCACAAUCAGCUUAUCCGGCAUUUACGAUGAACAGGCUGUCCAAAACCAUCACGCUAUACCGAAACAGCAGCAAGUACCUGACUGGAUGCCAAAGGCCACUGCUCCUCAUGUUGCCCUGGUUCGGAGCCAAGCCUCAUGCCGUGGAACGAUACCGGCAGAUUUACUAUCCCUACGGCUACGAUAUCCUAGUUGUGGAAAGCAGCAUCAAGCAUUUCCUCUGGCCACACUCGGGCAUGUCGUACGCUCUGCAGGUGAUGGAGCUGCUCCAAAGAGAGCCCUUCGACUCCUGCCCCCUUGUCAUUCACGCCUUCUCCAUCGGAGGCUUCAUCUUUGCCGAAAUGAUCUUGGCCUCAAGAAAUGUUCCUUGCCACUCCAACUUCAAGUCCAGGAUUGUGGGCCAGAUCUUCGACAGCCUGGUGAUAGGAAGUGUGGACCAAAUGGCCAAAGGUGUUUCACAGAUGACCGCCCCUCCCUUCCUUCAGCCAAUUCUCAAAAGGAUGGUAGUUUUCUGGCUCUUGAGCGGUUACAUCAGCAGCCAUCACAAAGCUGUAGUCAACAACUUCAUGGAACACCCAUGCCGUACACCCAUCUUGGUGUUCUACAGCAAGGACGACCCACUGAGUGACUACAUGCAAGUGGAAACUAUGCUGCACAAUUGGCAGAAGACAGGCAUCCGUGCAUUUGGGAAAAGCUGGGAUAUAUCCCGCCACGCCGGACACAUGCGGCAGCAUCCUCAGGAAUAUCAAAGCACUCUGCAAAACUUCCUUAGUUCACUUGGCCCGUACCAUUUACCGUCCAAAUUGUGAAGAGUGAAAGGAUCAGGGAGAUCGGUCGGCCUCAGCAAGCAGUGCAACGCCUGUUUGUCCAGGCCUCCGAUCAGACGUUCAAUCAGAAACUAAACACCGAUGAAAUUUCUAAAAUGGAUCACGCUAAUGGCCAAAGAACGAUGGAUUCUACUCAAUAGAUUCUUAUGUGAUUGGUACCAACCAACAAGGUGUUGUCACCUUACAGGAUUGAUUUCUUUAUUCUCAUGUAAUGCCCAUUUUUGACUGUAGAACACUGUUUCCUUGAUCAUUGUUACUUUUUUUUGUAUAUCUUUUUAAUCAUUGUUCUUUAUCUCUCUACAUCAUCAUCUAUAUCUCUCAGUAGCAAUGUUACAAAAUUUUGAGAUUUAAAAAAUCAAGUCUGCAAUUUAUCCCAUCAGAUAAAGCAUAACAAUAAGUUUAAUUUGACACCUAAUUCACUUUCAUAUCUCAAGUAAUAAAAAAGUUAUGCCCAUUUUCAUACUCGGAAAUUAGCAUCUUGUUCCCUAUUGAUUUUCUAUGGACAUAACAAAAAAGCUGUGAUCAUGGACAGUCAAAAGCCCAUAACCUUCUUAAAAAUUAAGAGAACUGAAUGAAAUUUUCAGUUAUCAUAGAUUGAACCAUUCUGAAACAAAUGUAAAAUAAUCUUACUUGGAUGACCUGAAAUUAAAGCAUAUAAUUAGUUAGUUACCCAAUUGUAGCUAAUUUCAAACUUCAAUUACUAGAUCUAAACAUCUAUCCAUUUCUUAAUAAAUGAUUAACAUUUUUAAAUAGCCUAAGUGUCCAAAUAAUAUUCACAAAUAAUUCACAAUAAAACAUGAUUUUUAAAUCUCAUUUACAUCAAUUUAUAGGCCAAAUGGAAGGAAUUUAGUGUCCAAUUGCUGUAAAGUAAAGCCAAUUUAAAUCGGCUUUCUAGUGGGUUCCUGUGAACGCGCUGGUUUAGAACGUUCGCAUUGCAGUGGAUUUGUGCCCUCAAAAGCCCAGAAAAAUACUGCGGGAUAUAAAGAGCCCAAAAUGAGCUACUCGCUAUAGAAAACUUUAUAUACAGGGUUCUUAAGAAGCCCCUUUUAAUGUAAAAAUAAGGUACAUACCUUUAAUUGUUUGCUUUAUAAAACCCUGGGGCUGCGAGAGGUCGCGGGUUUAGAGAGUGAUUUUUAAACUACUAUAACUAUUGUACAAGGCCAUAAAAACUAAUAAUACCUUUUGCGACGGGGUCUUUCAGCGAUUUUCCGUUAAUGAUUUACUAGGCUGAACAUUUUCGAUUGCAACAGCCAAGUAAAAAUCGUGUUUUAAACCCGCCCCCUCUGAACAGCGCCAAAAUCGCGCACACGGGGUAGGGCAGAUUCUCAAUGACGAUUCAGGUAGGUUUUGUAACAUACCUACUCUCAGACAAAGAUUUGCACUUAAGUAACCUCAGGAUAUCUCAGGGCACCAUACAGUGAUUGACUUUAAAAGAAUCAUCACUAUGGCAAAGUGGGAAACUUUGAAGCUAAUUUGUGUGCAGCAAGAUUCUGCAGGUAGCAAUGAAACAAAUGACCAAAUAAUCUCCUUUAGCCUAGUGAUGUUGAAUGGGCAGUGGGGAGAGACAAUAAACAGAAUGCUGGAAAAAACACUCAGGUCGGCAGCAUCUGUGGAGGCAGUUGUAUGUUAAUAUAUUCGGAUCGAGACCCUGUUUCAGGACUGAGAAGGAAGAGAGAAGAUUGCCCGUGGCAUUUUGGGGAAGGGUGGAAGGAAUCAAAUGGGGAAGAGAUGAUUGGAAGGUAGAAUCAGAUAGGGAGGUAGGUGUGGUAAACAAAGGUAAAAUAAAACUAAGUGGACAGGUAAGUGUGUGGAGAAGAACAGGGGUGAGAAUAAUCUGAACUGCAAAAUUCAGUGUUCAUAUCAUAAUUUAAAUCUUUAAAUAGAUCAUGAGCUUUGGUGCUGGAUUUGUUUGAGGAGUGUAUAAUUAAACUAUGUCAGUUGAAAUUCACCAACACUGAAUAUAUGUUAAUGGAUAGAAACAAGGAAGUGCUGGAGAAACCCAAUGGGUCAGGCAGAAAGGCAUCUGAUGAUAAUAAUAUAUUAUACCUAUGUACUUUUGUAAUUAUUGUCAAUUAUUUGAGUUUCAUAUUUGUAUUCAGUUAGUUAUGUUUGAUACUUUGACAGCCAAACAUGACUGAAUAAUAUACUCAGUUUAUAAUAUACUCUAAUAUAAUAUAAUAUACAAUAAUAUACUCCUUGUGCAAUGACUCGUAAAGCACAAUAAAUUCAUGUUAUAGGUCUCUCAAAUUUACCACUGAGAUAAAGGUUACAGGUGAAUCCAUUUGGGAAAGGCCAUAUACACAGGUACCAUCAAUGGAUGUACCAAUGCCAUUCAUGUGAACCUAAAGAACCCUGCAGAUAACAAAGGUAAUUAAAGGAGCAAGAGUCAGCACUGAGGAUGACUUCCAACUGUUCAAUUCUUACGACAGACUGAAAUGUCUAUCUGGCAUGACAGUAUGGCAUGAUUCUUGCUAUUGAGGGAGUGAUUCUUGCUAUUGAGGGAGUGCAGCGUAGGUUUACAAGGUUAAUUCCCGGGAUGGCGGGACUGCCAUAUGCUGAGAGAAUGGAGCGGCUGGGCUUGUACACUCUGGAGUUUAGAAGGAUGAGAGGUGAUCUCAUUGAAACAUAUAAGAUUGUUAAGGGUUUGGACAUGUUAGAGGCAGGAAACAUGUUCCCGAUGUUGGGGGAGUCCAGAACCAGGGGCCACAGUUUAAGAAUAAGGGGUAAGCCAUUUUGAACGGAGACGAGGGAACAUUAUUUCACACAGGACAUAAUGGCAGGAAUAAUGGCAGGGAGAAGGCAGGAACAGGGUACUGAUUGGGGAUGAUCAGCCAUGAUCACAUUGAAUGGCGGUGCUGGCUCGAAGGGCCGAAUGGCCUACUCAUGCACCUAUUGUCUAUUGUCUGAAUUCAUGUACGAUGUUUAACAUGGGGAAAUCUUCCAGGUUGAUUCAUAUCAACAUUAACAAACCUAUUUAGCAAUGAGCCACGGAGGGAGAUGUUAAAACAAAUUGACGAAGAGAUCACACCACGAGAUAGGCCUUAGAGAGCAUCUGAAAGAAGUGGGGUGGAUCACGAGGUAGACAUUUUAAUGUUUAGGAUACAAGAUAAGACAUCAGUGAUGGAGCAAUUAAAAUCAAGGGUGCAUAUAAGGACAGAAGUAGAGACACAGAUCUCGAAAUGUUGCACGUUUAUGGAAGGUGCAUGUGAGGAUGUGGGGUGAGUGAUGGAUGAGAGGGGUAUUUGGAUAAAGUCCAAGAGCUUAAAAACAGAGGCAUUAGUUGACUUCAACUCUGAGGUAAUAUAGAGGUUGACAUCAUUCUACAUUGGGAUAGAUUUUCAAUUGGCCCAAACAAUAAACUUGACUUUCCAUCUUGUCUGUUUUUAUUUAAAUCUAGGCUAUAGACACAGUUUCAGGGGAGGGUAAGAAGCCUUCCUGAAACAUUACAGUUGUUUGUGGUAGACAAAAAUGCUGGAGAAACUCAGCGUGUGAGGCAGCAUCUAUGUAGCGAAGGAAAUAGGUAACGUUUCGGGCCGAAACCCUUUUUCAGCUGUUUGUGGUGUAGCCAUUUAUCUUAAACUCAGUAUGUUAUCUUUAAAUGUUAUCUGCCUGUAAUUAUGUGGGUGGGAUUUAUACGUAAUCUGAGGCGUGUUUGUGGCUGGGAUUCUGGCACAGACUCUCAGGGAGUUUUUUAAUUUAGUUGGAAGAAGAUCGGGGAAGAGACAUAGUUUUUGACCAUGCUCUAGCAGGACCACGAGUAUGAUUGAAAUGUACUUACACAAGAAGAAGCCUUUAUGAUUAUCUUAUUGUUAGUACUAUUACAAUAAAGAAACUAUUAAUC